CCCUCAACCCGGAAAAUGAAACUUUCAGGAGUGCGACGUUGUUGUCAUUGCGUUGCUUUACUGUACGUUAUGUGAAUUCAUCGGAUUUUUACCAGAGUAACAUGUUUGAACCUGUUUAGAAUGGUAUCCUACUUAGGUGCACUGGAGUAGACCAAAUUAACGUGCAACAAUACUUCUAGCCCAGUUUUGAGUCAGUCAAAUUAUGCGCUACCGCGACGGUAUCUCCCUGUUGCUAGUCGGAGUUCUGUACUCGUUAGUAUUUCUGGCGCGUGUAACUUCAUGUUCCGAAGAGCGUGACCCCGAAACGCCGGACUGGCGAAUGACUCUAAAAACCAUUCGAAAUGGCAUCCACAAGAUUGACACAUACUUAAACGUAGCUUUAGACUUGUUCGGAGGGGAUGACGGUCUCUGUCGUUACAAAUGCAGUGAUGGUUCCUUGCCCUCCCCCCGACCAGGGUACAAACCUCCCCCACCUAAUGGAUGUGGGUCUCCUCUGUUUGGAUUCCAGUUUGACAUAGGCAUCCCAUCCAUGACCAAGUGCUGUAACCAACACGACCGUUGCUAUGACACCUGUGGCCGUGAGAAACACGACUGUGACGACCAGUUCCAGGAAUGCCUGGAGACCAUUUGCAGACAUGUACAAAAAACACUGGGGUUGGCCCACAGUGUCCAAGCCUGCGAGUCAGCGGUGAAGCUGCUGUUUGACGCUGUGAUGCACAUGGGCUGCAAGCCCUACCUGGACAGCCAGAGAGGCUCCUGUAUGUGCAAGUACGAGAAGAAGAAGGAGCUCUGAUACUCCAAGAAGGAACUGGGACACAUGAAGCAGUAGCAUGACAAGCUCUGAUUCUUCUUCAUGUAUAGAAGCUCUGAUACAGGAAGUAAAAUAAGAAGAAGCGGUGCCAGACCCGACCCUAACCAUAGAAGAAGAUUAGAGCUGCAAGAGACUGACCCAUGAAGAAGAGGAGAACAAACAAGAAUAAAAGAUAGUCUAAUAUACUUAUCUGAUUCCCUCUGCAUGUUGUUGAAAGACGCUCAACUUUUUAUUAUAAUAAUUAUGGCAACAGAAUGUGUUUGAUAGGUUGGUGAUCCUAUACGUACGUCAUGCCAGGACGUUUAAAGUCAAACAUGACCUUUGUAUUUGAAGUGCAAUCAGUAUAUGUAAUCUCAGGGAUAUGGUCCUCUGUGUUGAAACUGUACUGUCGAUGUGUGUAUGGAGUCAGGAAGUGUUUUUAAGAAAUUAAUGUUGCCUUCUUUUUCCAUACGCUUUCAAGAAAUUAUGAUUUUGUUUUGUACUGAAUUCCUGUGAACAUAUACAUUUUAUAUCUAAUAUUUAUAUAUGAUAUAUGCUAUUGUAUAUUUUGUCUGGUGAACACAAUGGUUUUAGGUGGUGGAGACAGUGAUUCAAAAAAUGUCUAAAUAACUUUUUCGUUGAAUUACAGAAAUAACUGCUAGAGAAAAUGUAGUCUUCAUGAGUAAGUCAUUACAUGAAUUUUGGGAAGUAAAAUGUAUAUGGCUAUUGUCAUGCACUUUACUAAAGUCUAUUACCAAAAUAUAUACACCAUUUGAAUAUUUUGUUUAUGGAGAGUAAAAAACGAUUUAAUGGCAA